ACAACAAAUGUUUCGGUAAUUCGGUUAAAUGCCAUAUUUUUGUCGUUAUAAAUGCAUAAGGACACUGUAACAGCGACAUUUUAUAUAAUUUGUAAAUGUUUAUAUUUUAACUUAAUUCUUCGUUAUAGCCAAUUUAGGAAGUUGUUUUUUAAAUACGCAAAUCUACUAUGUUUUUACUAUCGUUCUAUUAUAAAUACUAAAAAUAAAAUAUUAAUGAUUUGCAUUGAUUCGUAGAAAGUGGAAUUUUACUGUUGCUAAGCAACCUGACUUCACACAACCAAAGACGACAAAAACUAGCAUGUACUGUGAUGUUUGUUGUAACAAAUGACUAAGCAGGGUGCAGAGGUGAAUGAAGCUCACUGUCUCAGGGUGCUGUGUUCGCACCCGUGCUGCUGGGACACAGAACACCGCUGCGCCAGAGGAAUCCUGCGCCAUACUCCAGCACAGGUGAAGAGAUCCUCUCCCAGAGACGAUGAUUUACCGUCGCUGAGCAUUGUGAAUGUCUCUGAAUGGGUUGGAAGAAGGAGGCCGUUGUACAAAGCUCAUGCAGGGGCAUCACUGAAUGACGUUACUUCAUUAACCAAACAGUCAAAGGACAGUGAAAUGAUGAGGAGGGCAGAUUUAUCCUCCUCAAGGUCGUUUUCCAGCAUACCCACCAAUGAAGCAAAGAAAAUGGUCAAGUGUCGAAUACAGUUAAAUACCAUUAACAUCAGUCCAUUGAUCGGCUAUUCUGAAAUGCCAAAAUGCCCAGUGGUCAUGUGGAAUCCCAACCCACACCAUGUGCCUCAGUGGCUUAACCAAAACAAAUUUCAAUCUCCAAAUGUUGCUAUUAAAGAAUUAACCUGCCCCACAUUUCCAAAGCCAUCCAAGGUGACCGCUGAAGAAAGACUGAACUGGCAGGUUCAGAGGAGGCAGGCCAACCUAAGGAAAAGGUUUAAUCAUCGUAAAUGGCGAGAUCAGAGAGGUAGAAACUCUACACUAGAGGGAGCCGGCUCUCCUCUAUUAACAGAAGAUGUUUGGGUGGGCAUUGGGUUUAAUCCCAUUUCCAAAAUCCCCCCACAUCACAUCUCCCGCAGUUUACUGUUUCAAGAUACAGGAUGUGGAUCACUGGAACAAAAAUUGCCAAGUCUAACCACACCACACCCAAACCAUUGCAGGAGUGUGAGUCCGCUCUUAAGCCUGAGUUUGAGAUCAAUGAAGUUCUGAAGAAGCAACUGAACCUGCAAUGCAUCGGCCUUGUUCUUAUCCACAUGUGUUUGUGUUAGGGUUAACUAUGAAAGGUGAACGCAAAGCUGUAAUGCAGCUGCCUUGAACAGACUACAAUAAAUACUUCAGGUUUUAAACAUAAAUAGUUAAGAAAACAUAAAGGUGUGUUAAUGAUGAUUUGUUCAUAGAGACAGUUCACUCAAAAAUGAAAAUUCAGUAAUUUAAUCACAACCAGUGUUGGACAAGUUACUCUGAAAAAGUAAUUAAUUACUAGUUACUAAUUACAUAUUUUAAUAGUGUAAUUAGAUUACUGUACAAAUUGCUCUCUCCAAAAAGUAUUUCAUUACUUGUUAAUAAUUACUGUCUAUAUCCUACGAGUUAAAUCAUUCAAGGAUAGACAUGACGGGUACCACCGUUGAAUUGACAAGAGGGGGAGUAAAUGAUGACAGAAUUGUAAUUUUUGGGUGAACUUUCCGGAGUGGAAAUCUCAGUCUUUGUGAGCUUUUUAGUGUACUUCCAGCCAUGUGCUUCUCUCAGUGAACUGUAAGUCCUCAGUGUGAACAGAAUCUUCUUUUCUGUGUGUUCCGUCACUGUUUUUUCCUUGACAGCCCACACGGUGGUACAAACAUACACAGCUGCAGUGUCCACUGUGGGUCACUUCUCACACCCAGCCACUGUCUGAGUGCCAGAGAACCUUCAGUCUCACCACACACCCCUUUCCACACACCCAUUGCUCUCUUUUUUCCAUUAGCACAGAGAGUUUGAGUGUGUUAUGCAGGAGAGAAUAGGUGAAAAACUGGGAGUGGGAGAUCGGGGCUUCCUCCGUAAACUGGGAUUUCCACUGUUGACAUCCAGAAGAGGAUACGGUCUGGUCCCUGCUGAACACAGAUGCUGAGACUGUGAACAUAAUGUUUGUGUCACAGGCCCCAGGUGUGGACCAACGUCAGCUUUGAGGCUCCCAUGUGACAUCCAGACAAAUUGUGUCAUUUACUUCUUGGUUGGCAUGAGAUCUGUUUAUCAGUCAGGUUCCUUUCAAAUGUGCAGGUGUUUCCUAAAUGUGCAUCUGAAUGUUUCAAAUGGAAUACUAGCUUUUUACUAAAUACUGUGUGCAGUAUAUACUGUGUAAUGUCUACUAUUAUGCAAAACAAUAGCCAUUUUGCAGUUGCAAAUGUUUCAAACUAUAGCCAAGUGGCACCUAGUUUACCUUUUUGGAAAUAAAGUCUGAUUUUUAUGCACAAGAAAUAUCUUAAGAUUUAGUUAUAUGCUUAAUGUACUAACAAAGCUUUAGUCAUACUUGUCACUAUGUUUGAAGAGUUUGGUUCCAAAAUGAGAUACUCUAUUAAAAGUAAUAUAAAAAAUAUGUUUUUGUAUUGUGCACUCAAAUUAAUAUCCAUCAAACUAAAGUUGGUUUGUUUUGAUUUAAGUCCUUAUCACACAAAAAGUACAGCUAAGUAGUUCAAUAAAAACAUGGUAACAUAAUAAAAAAACAUGAUUUUUAUUUAAUUUUUUAAACUGAGUUAUCUAAUUUUGGAACCAAACUCUUCAUUUACAUUUAGUCAUUUA